AUGGAUUCCUACCGGUGGAGCCUCGAUCGCCGCUCGGAGGAGGUGCUCGCACACGCUCGACGCUCGCCGGUCUCCGCGGAUGUCGCGCCGGUCUCCGCGGACGUCGUGCCGCAUGCUCGCCCACGGUCGACGCUCGCCGCGCACACCGUCUCAACCUCGCUGGUGGACUCCGACGCGGUGCUGCCGGACUCCGUCGAGGAGGUGCCGGACUCCAUCGAGGAGCUGCCCGACUCCAUCGAGGUGCAGCUGGAGUACGAUGCGGUGCUGCCGGACUCCGUCGAUGUAUUGCCGGACUCCGACCAGCUGGACGAGGUGGUGCAUUGUCCUCGCUGUGGCACGUUCCAUGCCGGCGGCGUCUUCGGAGAGGAAUGCUACCAAGCUCGCCGCGAAGCUCGCCGGUGUGCCCGUUGUGGCCUCUUACAUGAAGACUACGAUAUGAUAGCAAAGUGGUUGGACUACCUGGACAAGUUCGACUGUGAGAUCUACAUCCCAGAUGUUUCCAAACUUCAAAUGGAUGGUAACACCAUCAUUCUGCCAGAGCACGUCAUCAACAAGUUGGACAAGCUCAGAGAUGCAAAGAAGUUGGAACUUGCAAAGCUCAAACAAGAUGCAAACAAAGAACAAUAA